AUUGGACUUGAUGAAGCCAUGUGAUAGGUAGUUUGAAAUCUGAGUUUUCAAGUUUAUGGAAUGUGGUAAAUAAGAACACAAUUUGAUUUCAUGAUGACAGCUCGCCAACGGUUUUGAUCAUUUUUGAAAGUAUUUCACUAAUUUUAGUUGUUUUGUUACAAAUAAAAUGCUUGAAAGCUUUAUAUUAUAGCAGUAUUAGUGUUUCUUAAAGUGUUAAAUAUGGAAGCCAACGAUUUUGUUGCAAAAUUAAAGGCAAACGGGACUGAUGAAGAUGUGUGUGACUUGAGCACAGUUUUUGUUGAAUACAAGGCGAUUUUGAGUGGUUUGGGUGCUAAAGAUAAAGCACCCUUCUCCUUGAAUGUCCUCUGCAUACUCUGCAGGAACCUGGACAAAGUUCCAACAUGGCGGGACCGUAUCGAUGCCAGGUUGCUGCUAGAACUGAGCAUCAGCUGUGUGCGAGAGACCAGGUGCUCCGACAAGCCGGAACGAGUCAAGACGUUGGCUUGUAUCUACCAUAUCCACAAGCAUGCUGUCAAAGUGCACUCAACAAUCCCACCAGAGCUCAUUCUCAAACUAUCAUUUAUGCCAUUCGAAUACGACACAAAACAUUUGCUUCACGAAUACAGCAAAACGUACUGGAGUAUACUCACCGACCGUAUCACGUAUAUGGAGAAACUCAAACCAAAGAUCAAUCUGAUGAAACUGCUGCCAAAACUCAUUGAAGACACUGUCAAAGUUAUCCAAAUAUUUGACACCGUUCAGCUAUGUGUGAAUAUAUUAACGUUUUUAAUAAAGAAACUUCAUUUUCUGUACAACGAUUUAAAUGCCAAAGAACUGCACAGUGUUUUUAGACAAAUAUUCCAAAGUAUACAAGCGAAGACUGAUUUGGGUUCGUUUAGAAAGUUGAAAGAGAAAGAAACGAUGGAUUUGUAUCAGAAAUUUAACGAUUGCUUUUAUGUGCUCGCUGAGAAUGCUUCGAAAUUCCAAUUCAAAGGUUGCAGUCUGACUUUGGUUGCUGAAACUGCCAGGAGUUGGUUCGAACACAAUCCUGAAGUUUUAAAUUGCAUUGAUACUUUUUAUUUGAAUGGAUUUUGUAAAAUAAUCGAAAACACAAACGAAGCUUCUACAGUUGAAAGUACACUGAACCAAAUUUUAGCUGCGUUUGUCAGUCAUGAGAAUCUUUAUGAAAAAAUAAUGAAAGUAACGUAUCCAUUUUUGAACCAAAUCGUCCGGCUACUCAUUGACAAUGCCGUAACAAUCGCAGAUUGGUCUCAAGUCUUCAACUCCAAGAUUCAGUACAGCUAUCUGAAUGUGAUCAUGUAUCUUUCAACGAAGAAAAGCGAUCAGUUUUUGAAAUGUGACAACUGCAAGGUGAAAUCAGGUCUCCAUGACACCUUACGCUUGCUAUUCCUAAUCAAGCACUUUCCAUACACAUCCAUCGCUCAAAAUAUGGACGUGAAACCUAUACUGCCAAUUUAUUACAAACUAGUAACAAUUCAACACAAAGUAUUGCACGAAUUACGAGCAUUAGGUUGUGCAAAUCACGAGAAAUGCUUCAGAAAGCUUCAAACGGACAACCAUAAUACAGCUAUAACGUUGAACAAGGCUCACUACUACGAAUACUCGAUAAAACUCUUCAAUUUGUACGUAGAAUUGGAGAUUCAUCAUUUUAAAGACACUAGUGACUUGAAGAAUAUUAGCAGAGCGCUGUACAACAAAAGUAUAUGCGAACUGGACUUCAAAUUGUACGAAGAAUCCUUAAAAGAUGCAUAUUUGAGCUUGCUUUUCUCGCUGCCAGAUGGAUUGAAGACGGAGAAACAUAUGAGCUUAGUGAUGGACAUAAAGGCUAAAGAAUUGAAGUCGAAAACUAACGAGGACGAAAACAAAGACGAAUUCCAGCUGUUUUCGGUUUUAGAAGUAUGUAAAAAGAUGUUGGAAGAGAAAAAGUACGGGAAUUUGAAACCUUUUGUUUGCCAUUUGAAGUUUAGCGAACUCCUAAAGCACGAAUUCUCAAUGUACGCCAAGUUAUGGCCUUCCAUAGUGCCAAUAGCGGGCGUAUGGAAAUCCCUCCAUAGUCUACUGAAGAACGAGCACGCAUCUUGGUGUAAAGCUGAGAACGAAGAGGAAUUAUUGUGGACCCUGUACACUGUAGUUUUGGAGACGCCUACCGUCGUGAGGACUAUACACAGCGAGUAUUAUACGGAUAUAGUCACACAGCUGCUGGAUAGAUUUGAGAAGCACCCGGCAUCCACAACGGACCUGCAAUUCGUUCAAUCAUCCCUUCUCUUCCUGAAAGCGGAGUACGACAUGACUGAAGCCAGCCAAAAGCACGGAUGGAAAAUCACAGAACCUAAUAUGGACCCAGACCUGAUCCAAGCCAGCAGGACGUUGCCGCAAGAGCAUACAGCCAUGAGACGAGCGGUGGACGCUGUGGAUAUACUGACCAAAGCUGUUAAAGACAUUACAAGCAUCCAGCGGUCUACCCUCGUCUCCCACAGUCUCCAGCUUUACCAAGUCUGGAUCCAGCAGUUCUUACACCUUGGCAGUAUCACGUACGGUCUACAACUCGCUCACCUGUGCUGCGAGGUCGCCGCUCAUGCGUCUGACAGUGAAGCCUACAUCCGGUCAGCCACUAUUCUCAUCUACAACGCACAUAGCCACUGCGAAGACAUAGCCACUCUCAUCUCGCGGUGUGUGCCGUUGUGUAGCGCUGUGGACUACGGAAUAGUGGCUAUCUUCUUGGCCACUACUGCGAUGUACUACUAUCGAUGCGGGUCGACCGGAAUAGCAGCUAGACUUCUUCAAGCGGUGCAGGCGAAUACGCUGCGAGCUUUGCAAGAGAACCCCGAUGUCAACCUGGACCUAGCAGUGGGCCGUCUAUUAGAGGCGCAAGUGGAAGUGUGUGGCGGUACUGAGGGCGCCACACUGAGCGCCGUCACCAACACGCAGCGGCACUACUUGGCUGUCAGCAACACUGCUACCAAGUGGACCAAACGUCGUCUCCUCUCCCUAACCCUCAAGCACCUCAUCAGCCACACCAGCCUACGCACAGCGACCUUCUGUCGCGCACUGCGCGCGUGGCGGCGCGCCCGCGGCUCGUGCUCGGCCUUAGGAGCGGCGGCGGCGCGGGUUCAGUGCCUGCUGUGGGCAGCUGUGACGAAUACCAGUAAGAUGGACGUGGCUCAGACAACAAUCGACAACCGUCUCAAGCACAUCCUAGGCCUACAGCCAUCCAACGACACUCAAGAGCACAAAUCCGACAAAACCCAACCUGUCUUCUUAACUCCACGCCACGAGAACCUAGAAACCAUGCUAGAAAACGUUGUGUUCAAGAAAAUGCAGACCAGCCCGUCUCUGCCUUGCGUUUCGGUUCUGGCUUAUAAAAUGCCAGAGUUUUUCAAGCAUAUGGACUGUGAAUGCUUUGGUUGCCAGCCUGAAGUAUUGAUUCUAGCCUGUCUUACUUCUGGGUUGGAAGCGUCCAUGUAUUUUAGAGCCAAAGAGUGGGAUAUAGCGAGGAAUUACUUCGAAGGUACUUUAAAAAGUUUUGGGUAUGCCGAAGCGAAAAUGAGGCAGUAUUUUAAAGCUGCCAGAAGUAAAUUUGAAGGGUAUGUAGUUGAUUUAGUUGAAUGUAUUGUGGGGAAAGAGUUUAAGAAUGUUCAAAUUGAGGUAUUAAUAGAAGCAGCCUUCUUUGAACUUGCUCAGAAAGAGUACGAGAAAGCGGACGACUUGAUUGUUAGAAUACACGAAAUAAUGCAAGACAUGACUCAUAUAAAUGCCUAUCUAAAAAACGAAGUGAUGAAUUUGAUGACGACUUCAGCUCAGAUCAGAAAAAUAGUGAAGAAACCAUCUGAUACCGGACUUGAGAGUGAAAUGGAGAAUUUGAAGCUGACUCCUACAGACGAAGAACCUAAAACGCCUUUGAACAAGCCCAAACUACCCCCCAAAAUGACUAAAGUGAUUGUUAAGAACGAAGAACUACCAAACGUCAAAAGAAAAGUUAUAAAACUCAAUUUAGACGACGCAUCAGACGAGCCAGAAGUCCCAAAACCUACAAGAAAAAGACCAGAGUUCAAAAUACCUGUUCCAGUGACAACCAAACCUGUUCUUGAAAAUAUCACGCCGCGUACUCGGUCCAGACCCGAAAUACUAGUGACAAAACCCACAGAGGAUACAAAAGAGACCCCAAAACUUGAUAAAAGUGAAUUUUUCACUCCAAACUCGACGCCUGCAGAGCAAUUUUUCACUCCAAUGACCUCUCAACGAACCUAUUCUAAGAAAUCAUUGAGGAACAAUAUAGUGAAAAAUCUAGAAGCGGAAUUUUCCACGCCGAAAGCUGAUAAGGAAAACUCGACCUUAAAAACUGAGGGGGAGAGGUCAGAAAUCCCUAAAGCUACAAGGGCGACAAGGGCGAAAAUUGAAAGGGAUAAAAAGACUUUGAAAAGGGCUACUAGUCCAGGUAAAUUGACUAAAGAAGUUAAGCCUACUAGGUCGAGGCUUAGGAACCCAACUAAUUUUAAUGUUCAUGAAGAUUGAUUUAUUAUUAUAGAUCGUUUCAUCCACUCGGACGCGCCCCAGCAAUGUUUG